AUGAAGACUACUUAUGGCGCCCACGCUUGCCAUCUUCUCAGGAUCAAUGCUCUGCCAUCCGUUCCUCCGGACGAUGCUCAGAACGCCGCAGUCGAUUUUGCUCACUACUGGAACUUUAUGUAUUUGGACACGGUGCAGAAUUUCGACUCGCUGAAGCUGGAAGUAGAUCUGAAGGAUUCAGCAGACUCAGACAACGUCGUCAAAAUAGACACGGUAGUCCACACAGCCAUCGGUGUGCCUUUGCCACCGGCUGAGCUGACCGUUUCCAUCAAACUGGACAAUCCGUUUCAUAGCGAGUGUAUUCCGCAUCCGCUGUCAAACACGUGUCUACCGCAGCUGUCCGACCACGACCCGGUGCAUUCUAGUAGCGAGGAUGCCGGAGACAACUCGACACCCAACCUGCAGUCGUUUACGUCAUUGAGCGGAUCUGCAUUUCCGGAAAAGCUGCCACAGGUCGUUCAAGAAAUGACGUUCGCGCUUGAAUCGUGGGAAAUGCAGAUGCGUCGCUUGGCUGACCUGGCAUUUAUGUUUCAGUUGUACGACUUUGCGUUUCAACUCUACCACACCCUCCGAAAGGAGUUCUCGACUCAGCAGGCUUGGUUGUACUACGCCGGAGCAUGCGAAGCGGCUAGCUUAUGCAUAUUCUUGCUGGGUGCUGCGGCCUUUCGGCCAUAUCCGUCGCAUUACAUGGAGGGCGCAGUUUCCACAUACGCCAACACUGCGAGACGACCAUGGCUGGCGGCUCGUGCUGGCUUUUUUAGUUCCAGUGCGUUAUGCGCACAGGGUGCUUGGGGAGACGCAGCGGAUCAGCUGAUCAAGAUGACUUCUUCCGAUGACUUAAAAAGCAGUUUGUUCCUUGAAGAAGCUGCUCGAUGUUUCUACAACUGUGGUAUGAUUCGAAAAGCUGCGCUGCAUUUCGUGCUAGCGGGACACCGGUUCAGCAAAGCGGGUUUGCGGCACUACACGGUUUAUUGCUACAAAGCGGCGUCAGCGCUAUACCAAGAUCGAGGAUGGCGCUUGGCUGAGGUGAAACAUGAUUUGAUGCUGAUAGAAAAGGUUGUUGGGUUUUCAUAUGAGCAUUUUUCACUGCUCUGUUUGUCACACAGAACUUCGAAGUGACG